AGAGAAAGUGAAAGUCCCUUCCACUUUGUGGGGGUGUUUGGUUGAAUUGAAUAUUAUUUUGUGCAGACGAGACGCCCUUCACGUUGCCAUACCCAUUAACAGUAGUUGGUGUGUGGAACCUUUGGGCGAUCUCAAAAGUAUAGUAGUAGUACGUUUGACGAUGGCGUCUCUGUCUUCCUCCCUCACCUAUCCUUCCGGUUAUUCUGUGGCUUUCUCACCGGUUAACGGUAUCAGACAUCGAUCACUCUCGUUCCUCUCUGCUUCUCCUAAAGGACUUAAAGCUGAUGAGCUCUGUGUUAGAUUCCAGAGGAAGUUUGGUCGUAGUUCUGUCAUUAUGCAAGAUGGUGCAAUAGUUACCAAUUCAGAUUCAACAGAGAGUAGUAAGUCAUCUCUAAAGGGAUUGAAAGAGGAGGUGUUAUCAGUUCUAUCUGAAGAAGCAGCCAAGGUUGGAUCAGAAUCUGAUGGUCAGAACCAGUCGACUGUUAGUAUCACGGUGGUUGGAGCCUCUGGUGAUCUUGCCAAGAAGAAGAUCUUCCCUGCUCUUUUCGCACUUUACUAUGAAGACUGUCUUCCCGAGCAUUUUACAAUAUACGGUUACUCUAGGAGUAAGAUGACAGAUGUUGAACUUAGAAACAUGGUCAGCAAAACUCUGACCUGCAGGAUUGAUAAAAGGGCAAACUGUGGUGAGAAGAUGGAAGAGUUUCUCAAGAGAUGUUUUUACCAUUCUGGACAGUAUGAUUCUCAGGAACAUUUUACUGAAUUAGACAAGAAGCUCAAGGACCAUGAGGCUGGAAGAAUCUCAAACCGUCUCUUUUAUCUCUCCAUCCCUCCAAAUAUAUUUGUAGACGCUGUGAAAUGUGCAAGCUCUUCGGCCUCAUCUGUCAACGGCUGGACUAGAGUCAUCGUUGAGAAACCUUUUGGCCGAGAUUCUGAAACCUCUGCUGCUUUAACCAAAUCCCUCAAGCAGUAUCUGGAGGAAGAUCAAAUCUUUAGGAUAGACCAUUACCUAGGAAAGGAGCUGGUCGAGAACUUAUCUGUUCUUAGAUUCUCGAACCUUAUAUUUGAGCCUCUAUGGUCAAGGCAGUACAUAAGGAACGUGCAGUUCAUAUUUUCUGAGGACUUUGGCACCGAAGGACGUGGAGGGUACUUUGACCACUACGGAAUCAUAAGAGAUAUAAUGCAGAAUCAUCUGCUUCAAAUCUUAGCACUCUUUGCCAUGGAAACACCUGUCAGUCUAGAUGCAGAGGAUAUCAGAAAUGAAAAGGUUAAGGUUCUACGUUCAAUGAGGCCAAUUCAAAUGGAAGAUGUGGUGAUAGGACAGUACAAGAGCCACACCAAGGGAGGAGUAACGUAUCCAGGCUACACGGAUGAUAAAACUGUACCGAAAGACAGUCAGACUCCGACGUUUGCAGCUGCUGCUCUUUUCAUUGAUAAUGCAAGAUGGGACGGUGUGCCUUUUCUGAUGAAAGCUGGCAAAGCGCUACACACCAGGAGGGCAGAGAUAAGGGUGCAGUUCAGGCAUGUUCCGGGGAAUUUGUAUAACAGGAACACUGGUUGUGAUCUUGAUAAUGCGACAAACGAGCUUGUGAUCCGUGUUCAGCCCGAUGAAGCAAUCUAUUUGAAAAUAAACAAUAAGGUCCCUGGUUUAGGAAUGAGACUAGAUCGCAGUAACUUGAACCUGCUGUAUUCCGCAAGGUAUUCAAAGGAGAUACCAGAUGCAUAUGAGAGGCUUCUGCUGGAUGCAAUAGAAGGAGAAAGAAGGUUGUUCAUAAGAAGUGACGAGCUUGAUGCAGCUUGGUCACUAUUCACUCCGUUGCUUAAGGAGAUUGAAGAGAAGAGGAGAAUCCCUGAGUACUAUCCUUAUGGGAGUCGUGGUCCAGUAGGUGCUCAUUAUCUAGCUGCUAAGCACAAGGUUCAAUGGGGUGACAUGAGUCUUGACCAGUAAAAGAGUCUCAUCGAAAGAUUUGUUUUGUGUUGUCAUAUACCUUUGGUAUAGAUUUGUGUAGGAAUCAAGCUUUUUUCUACGUCUCUGUUUUCUUUGUUUUUACAAAUGUGCUUUUGAAGAAUUGAUGCAUUUGGCUCUGUACCAUUUAAUAAUAGCAGCAUGAAGCUCUGUUUUGAUUCA